UUAAAUGCUCGUGCAUUCGAAAAUUUGAGUUCAAAAGAAAUGCGAACUUGUUAUUACGAAUUAUUGGGUGUCGAACGUUCUGCAUCACCCGAAGAACUUAAAAAAGCAUAUCGAAAGAAAGCAUUGGAAUGGCAUCCUGAUAAAAAUCAUCAUAGAGUUGAUAUAGCAACUAAAGAAUUCACUCUUAUACAGCAAGCGUAUGAAGUUUUAUCAGAUCCGAAUGAAAGAGAUUGGGGUAGACAUACAAGAAGUUCAGUACGAGGAAUGGAUGUUGAAGAUUUAAUGAAAUAUUUUAGUGCAGGAUCUGAAGAAGAAGAAGCAGCAUUUAUAAAUGAUAGAGAUGAAAGUUCUAAAGAAUUUUAUCCAUAUCCAUCAUUUGGUGAUAGUAAUACUUCUCCAGAUCAAGAUUAUCAAAUUCCCGGAAAUUCUAUAUCAAAUUUCUAUAAAAUGUGGACGAAUUUUACUACACAUAAAAGUUUUAAAUGGUUUGAUAAAUAUCGUUUAUCUGAGGCACCUGAUCGUCUUUUUAAAAAAGUCAUGGAGAAAGAGAAUAAGAAAUCUCGGGAUAUGGCUCGUAAGGAAUAUAAUGAUACUGUUAAAGUAAUUGAAUUUGUGAAAAAACGGGAUCCUCGAUAUAAAGCAUAUCAAAUUUUUAUAGAACGAAAAAAAGAAGCUCAGGUUGCUGAUGUUAAAUUACGUGCAGCUCGAGAUCGAAGCGAUAUUCUUAAUAAUGAAUAUUUUUGUGUGGCAUGUAAUAAAACUUUUAAACAUGAAAAACAAUGGAACAAUCAUGAAAAAAGUAAAAAACAUUUAAAAAAUGUUGCAAUUUUGAAAGAAAAAAUGUAUGAAGAUGCCGAAGAAUUUAUAAAUACAACUAAAACAAAUGCUUCCAAUCAAGAUGAAGAAGUUAUAGAGGUUAUUGGAAAUCAUGAAACACAAACUACAGAUUCUAUUAAUGAAGAAGAUAAUGGAGAAGAUAAUGAAGUUAAUGAAAUUGAUCUAAUAAAAAGUACAAAGAACAAUAAAAAAUUAAAGAAAAAACGGCAGAACCAAAAUUGGAAUCUUGAUUUAAAUUAUGAAGAAGAUGACUAUACAAAAUUAUCUACAGACAAUAAAUCAGUAUCUGAUGAAACUAUAAUAUCGGAGACUUUAGAAAGAACAAAAAUUUCAUAUCGUGGCGGAUUUGAGUCUGAUGAAGAAUCAGGUGCAACUCCUUAUUUCUUGAAGGAAGAAAAAUCAAAUCAACAAGAAAAUGUUGAUAAAAAAGAUAAGAAAAAAUCCAAAAAGAAGAAGAAAAAUGAAGAUUCAGAUAAGCAAAAAUGUAAUGUAUGUUCACAAGUCUUUUCAAGUAGAAACCUACUGUUCUCACAUAUUAAGACUACUGGACAUGCAUUAGCGAGUAAAACAAAUGGAGAAAAAAAAGAUCAUAGAUAA